GACGAAGACCGCAUGCUAUGGUUGUUCGGAGAUUCUUCGAAUUCACGAUCUUAAAGUCAUAUGAUUCUCAGCAAAUAUAGCAACAAAUAUCUCAAUUGGUAUUUUCCAAAGCCACGAAACGUGCAUUGAGUUUGGAGUGUUAUCUGAAGUGAAGAUUGAAGACGUGAUAGAAGAUGGACGACUACUGCUAUGCUAAGAUGGCGACGUCCGCUAAAAGAGAACAUGAAAGAGAAUCAGCGCCACCAACUUCCAGCAAAUCACCAACGGAGAUAAAGACGAAAGAUGAAGACGUCCAGCAGCUGAUCAGUAAUCCAGAAGAAGUUUCCCCUCAGUUAGGGGGGAGCUCCACUUUGAAGCAGGAGACUCCACAACCACCCUGCAUUAAAAAGGAAGAGGAGGAACUCUGCAUCACUCAGGAGGGAGAGUGUCUUCUAGGACGAGAGGAAGCUGAUUACACCAAGUUUCCACUGAGUAUUCUCUCUGUGAAGACUGAAGAUGAUGAAGAGAAACCACAAGCAGACAACCUCUUAGCUCCACUAUCAGAUAGUGAGGCUGAAGACGAGGUUGAAGAACCUUUGAGCAGCGAUACAGACUGUGAAGGGGAUAUGAGGACUCACAUUGACAACAAACACUCUGAAUGCUCUUCAAAGAAGAGAGGUAAAAAAUGUUUGAGCUGCUCAGUUUGUGCUAAAAGCUUUUCUGUUAAGAGGUAUUUGACUGAACACAUGAGAACACACACAGGUGCAAAACCAUUUAAUUGUUCAGUUUGUGGCAAAAGCUUUUCUCAAAAUAGCCAUUUGACUCGACACAUGAGAACACACACAGGAGAAAAGCCAUUUAAUUGUUCAGUUUGUGGCAAAAGCUUUUCUAUUGAGAAGAAUUUGACUCAACACAUGACAACACACACAGGAGAAAAUUCAUUUAAUUGUUCAGUUUGUGACAAAAGCUUUUCUCGAAAUAGCUCUUUGACUGAACACAUGAGAACACACACAGGUGAAAAAACAUUUAUUUGUUCAGUUUGUGGCAAAAGUUUUUCUCAAAAUAGCCAUUUGGCUCGACACAUGAGAACACACACAGGUGAAAAACCAUUUAUGUGUUCAGUUUGUGGCAAAAGCCUUUCUCGAAAUAGCCAUUUGGCUCAACACAUGAGAACACACACAGGUGAAAAACCAUUUAUGUGUUCAGUUUGUGGCAAAAGUUUUUCUCAAAAUUGCCAUUUGACUCAACACAUGAGAACACACACAGGUGAAAAAAUAUUUAAAUGUUUAGUUUGUGGCAAAAGCUUUUCUCAAAAUUGCCGUUUGAAUCUACACAUGAGAACACACACAGGUGAAAAACCAUUACACUGUUCAGUUUGUGGCAAAAUCUUUUAUCGAAAUUUGUCUUUGACUCGACACAUGAGAACACACACAGGUGAAAAACCAUUUAACUGUUUGAUUUGUGGUGAAAACUUUUCUAUUAAGAGCCGUUUGACUGAACACAUGAGAACACACACAGGUGAAAAACCAUUUAGUUGUUCAGUGUGCUGUAAAAGGUUUCCACGUAAUGCAGACGCAGUAAAACACAUAAGAACACACAAGGGAAAAUAACCAAUUAGCUGUUUAGUUUGUGGUAUGUUGCUCAUAUGUGGUGACAUCCACCCUACCCAGGACCUCCUCACUGCUUCUUUCACAAAUAUCUGAGCUAUUCAUACAAACUUGGAUUAUUUGGAGCAUAAUCUUAUUUACUCAUGACUCCAUGUCUUUUCUGUAUCUGAAACCUUCCUUUCUCAAGUUUGUGCACGCUCAAAAACCUGCACUACACCCUUUUUCACGGCAACGUUGAGAUGUAUCAAAACUGACGUUGAUGCAUAAGUGAUGCUGGGUAACUGUUUUUAUAAAAAAACUGCCAACUUUUACUCCUCAGACUGAUUGAUGUGCAAAUCAGAGACAUAUGAACAAAUAACACCAAACACCCAACCCCCACCUUCCUCGACAUUCGGGCAUAACAGGUUCAAGCCUUCCUGCGAGAUGAGUUUGCGAAGUGUAAAAUUCAGCUGCAUUUUUUAAUUCAACAAACUGCUGUUCUAAUUGUGUCCACUGGAUGUCGCAAUAGCAAUUCUGUUAGGCAAGCAAAUAGUUUAUACCGGGGCGAGCAAGUGUACCAAGUAAGAGGUACACGGUAAAGCGGGGCUGUGACUCCUCCCCCUCCACCCAACGUAAAACAGGAGUAAAAUAAGCAAUCAGUAACCCCACUUAAAAUGCAGCAUGAGACACUGCACACUGAUAUAGUUCUGUGAAAAUGAUUGUCUUCUGUGCAACCCAUCUAGUUUCCUAGAUGGGUUGUGACUUAAAGUUUAAUUGCUUUGUAGAAACACUGAGGUUUAGUCUAAGUUCAUUGUGUUCUUCAAGGUGUUUUUGAAAUUCUUUAAUUUUUUCCUCAGAAUUUUUAACUAACUUGAAGUGUUUUGUCAAGAGGAUAAUUUG